AUGUCGAGCUCACCGGCAGCGGCAGCAGCGGCCGCGCUCGUUGAAGAGCAAUACCACGGCAAUAUCUUGCGAUGGGUCACGCUCGCCUUUGCAUCCGUCGCAAUCUGGGAGCACAUCAUCUGGCUACCGUCCGAACUUGCGGUGUGGAAAAGCCUAUUGCGCAAGCUGGGCUUCUUGAAGCAGGAGAGGCGCGAGCUGCUGGGUAUGAAUGUGGGAGAGCGUCUGCAAGCGACGUACGGUCCCGUCACCAUGUGCAUCGUCAGAUACGCCCUGCUCCUCUCUGGCAUCCUCGCCAUCGUCCACUUUUACGGCCGGCCGCAGAGCUGCUUUGGCGUGUUUCGUGCAAUGUGGCUCUGCUUUUGCGUCAGCUGGGCCUGCGCCUCUUCCAUCUUUGUGGCCCGCAUCUACAUCAUCUACCGCAAGGAUACUCGCAUCCUUUGGGGACUGGGCGUGCUCUGGAUCGCCACGGUCGGUGUGUGGAUCGCCAUCGCCUUCACCUACCACUCUGCAAACGUGCCCAAUCUGCCCCCUCACACGCCUUGGUGCCGUCCCACGCCAGAUCCAAAGUGGCGUGCGACGGGAUGGGGCAUGAGCAUGCUGUUCGACACUGUCGUCCUCCUCAUGACCCUGCUCAGGCUUCAUCACCUGCAAGUCGGUGCGGAUUCGCCUCAAGGCAGGCAAAUGAGACGCUUCAUUCUGCGCAGCAACUUGUUCUGGUUCAUCGCUUGCUUCAUCACCAAUGGAGCCUGCUUCAUCGUCGAGCUCGCCGUCGACGACCCCAUCCUCUCCCACAUUCCAUCGCCCAUCAGCUUCGUUGCAAACGCCAUCGUCGCUAUUCGCAUCGUGUUCGAUCAAAACAUGCUCGGCGCUCCGCUCGUCGCGCCGGACGUGUUUGGCGAGCAUCAAUUUUCAGGCUGCGUCAAUGUCACCACUUCCGUCAACGUCUCUCCCCCAGACCAGUACACGAGCAGGAGCAGCAACGGCAAAAUAGCGCCCGAGGACAAGACGCGGAGCGACAGCAUCAGCGCUGCGAGCGGCGGCAUGCCAAAAGUGAUGGGCCAAGGCUACCGAGUCACGUCGGAUGCCGUCGCGCAUCCAUUCACCACCCGUCGAGCGCAAGAGGAGGAAGACGACGUGUACGAUUACGAAUCAAAGAAGCACCGAAGUCCGACUACUGAGCUGAUGGAACGUCGCUCUAUGGAUUCGGGCUCUGCACAAUUUGGCAUCGCGUCCAGCCCUGCCGUCGCAGUCGGUCAUCCGCAGUGGGGUCAACGGGCGCAGGAGAAUAGCAGACACCCUCAAGGCGGCAUCUCCAUCAGCUCUCUGCGUCGUCCGCAAGUGCUUGCAAGUCAAGACUCUUCUUCUUCUUCCUACCCCUUUAAUCCCACCCCAUCCUUCCAGAUCGAGGCUGUGCAUCGCAGCCCGUAG